UGGCGCCGCGCCUGCUCCUGCCUCCUUGUUGCUUUUCCCGUUUCCUUCGGCGGCGGCGGCGGCGAGCGAGCGAGCGAGACACGGGAUUCGAGAACGCCGCACGUCAUCCUCGGGACGUUCCGCCGCCCACACGGGGGUAGUGUCAGCCCCUGCUCCCUAUCAGAUCGGGCUCCCCGCCGCACAGCGCGCAUGCCCGCGCCCCCCGCGCCUGCGCCCCGCGCCGCCGGCACCGGGCCCGCGCCCGCCCCGAGGGGCGCCGGACCCGCGCAGCCCCGCGCUGCCCUCCGGCCCGCCCGGCCGGCGGAGCGGAUUGGAGCGGGGCCGGCGGCCGAGGAGCCCCGCCGGGAAGGCGCAGCCGCCGGCCGUGUGCGCUCGGGCUACGCGCCCCGCGUCUCGCAGCGCCCCGCAGCUGAGGCACAGCAGCUCUGAACUCGCAGGUCCGGCUACUCACAAACAAUACCGAGGUUUUCAUCUCGCUCUACAUAACCUAUGGGACGUACAUGCUUUUAAUUUAGGAUAGUGCAAUUUUUGCUUAUUUCAACAUUGAGGGUGCAAGUCCUGAAGAUGCUGAAAAAUAUCCUCACUUCUGCACAAGUACUUCUUCCCAGAAACACCUCUUAUUUCACUCCACAUUGAUGUCAAAUAAACUAGAGUAUGUUACAUAAACAGCUGUGA